AUGGCUAAGUCUCACGCAUAUGCAAUGAUUAUGUUGGUUUGGGCAAUCGCGUUAGCAGCUAAUGUCCUCAUGUUAUUCAUGUACGAGGAGCAGACUUAUAAUGGCAAUGGCUUGACAUGUACACCGAUCUACAAACCUAUCUACCAUUUUGCCAAUCAGGUUUACAUGACCAUUGUACUGCUUGCUAUUCCAUUGAUAAUCAUGACAGUUCUUUAUGGAUCCGUAAUUCGCACACUGAAAGUUGGUAUACGUCAAGAAGUCGCAGUCGAUUCGAUGGAUCAAGAGAGCAAACGUUCCGGUAUUUUUUGCUGCAAUACUAGCUCUGCUAGGGAUGCAAAGGUAUUUGCCUCUUUUUGCAGACAGUGUUGAUG